GGAUUGUUCCGAAACAAGCAAAUUAAAGAUACUUUGUAUGGUGACGACGAUUACAAAAUAGAUGAUGAAGAACUAGAGUUGGUCCUGGAAGAUCCAGAAUGCAUAGAUUACGCUGAGAACUAUGAAUUGACCAGUGAUGAUCAUGAAAUCGAAGACCUUGAUGAGGAAGAUGAAGACGAGUUUGAGCUCCUUGAAUUGCAAGAUGGUCUGCCUGUAGUGAACACUCAUUUAACCAGCGUUAGAUGCGCAGCGCCCACAGUUCAGCUUUCUGUCUAGUCUACGAUGUACUAAAAACCAAAUCACUGUCGAGGUUUCUUACUAACGCCAGAAAGCUCGUGAAGAUUAUGCGUUGUCAACCAUAUGUGAAUUCCUUCAAGCUGGACCAAUCUCGAAAUCUACCGUUUUUGGAUGGCGAUACGCGUUGGGGGUCCGCUUACUUAAUGAUCAAUCGGUUGCAAGAUGAAAAGGAUUUUAUAAUUAGCCUUCUACCGCCGCAACUAUUGAAGUCAUUCAACACAAAAUUUUGGCAACGAGUGGAUCAAUUCGUAUUGGCAGCCAAACCGGUGUAUAUACUAACUAAACGUAUUCAGGAGGAAACUUUGCUAUGUGGUUCCUUUUACCUUUAUUGGCAAGAGUGCUGUCUUGAGUUGCAGGAAAUUGGAGAUACAAUUUCGAAGCGGCUGCUCAAGGCAUUAAAUCACCGCAGACACAUGUGGAUGGAUAAUGCUGUAUUCCUGGCGGCUCUAUAUGUCGAUCCUCGCCUAACUGAUUUUGAACCAGCGGUACUAACUUCGGAGCAGAAGGAAACAGCCAUCCAACAUUUACUGGUAACCUGGAAAGCCAUUCAAUCUCUACGAACUACUGCAACGACACCGGAAAAGACAUCAACUUCUCCAACAGCAAGUCCGAGUCCGAUCGACUUACAUCGGGUUCAAAAGUUCCUGCUUUCUAAGAGACUGUCGAAGUCAUCUAGUGACAUUGAUAUUGAGAAACGAAUACGUCGAAUUCAGAUAGACAUGUGCCUGCCAUUAGAUGCUAAUAUGAUUCUUGAUGAUCUUCACGAUGAAGAUCGGGAAGUUGAAUCACUGCAGCUUAAACACCAGGCCAUCAUGCCAGACAUUAUCGAACGCUUUUUCGAUGUCCAACAAUGCCAUAGCAGAUGUUUUACUAACGGACUUGUUCCGCCUUGGGAUCUGAGUAACUCUAGUCAGUUGGUGAACGGUGAAGUGACCCUGUCUAAACCCGAACUGUUCUGGGAGGAAGAUUCUUAUUCAUGGGGGAAGAGUUAUUCUGGUUUACGAAUUCUAGUAAGCGACUAA